GCCAUGCUGACCAUAUCAACAACCGCAUACCUCACGGGGCGCGAAUUAUUCUACUACCAAUAUGCGUUAGGUGAAGACAAUAAUGUGGGAGUUAAUUUAGCGGGUGUCAUGUAGAAUACUGCUAUACUACUGAGUUCUACAAAUUACUGAGAAUCAACACGACAGAAAAAUGUCGGCAGACAGUGUGAAAGUUGCGGUUCGUGUGAGGCCAUUCAAUCAGAGAGAAAAGAAUGCCAAUUCUAAAUGUGUUAUAUCUAUGUCAGGAAACGCAACUACUAUAACAAACCCUGAUAAUGGUAAAACACAUACAUUUGCCUUUGAUUACUCAUACUGGUCACAUGACUGCUUUAAAGAGGAAAAUGGUGUCUUUGUUUCCACGGAUACAAAAUAUGCAGAUCAGAACAUAGUAUUCAACAGUCUUGGAAAGGGUGUGCUUGAUAAUGCUUGGCAAGGUUACAAUGCUGCGUUGUUUGCCUAUGGACAGACUGGUUCUGGUAAAAGCUAUUCUAUGAUAGGCUAUGGACCAAACCGAGGAAUUGUUCCCAUAACAUGUGAUGAACUCUUCAAAGUAAUAGAUCAAAAUACAGAUAAAAACAAACAAUUACAGGUUUCCUAUAGUAUGCUGGAAAUCUAUAAUGAACAGGUACGAGAUUUACUGACUAAACCAUCUCAUGGUCAACGUGGCGGGUUAAAAAUCAGGCAGCAUCCACAGUCUGGAUUCUUCGUGGAGGGUCUCAAGUCAGUGCCUGUGAGAUGUUACAAGGAAAUUGAAAGACUGAUGGAUGAUGGAACAGUAAACCGUACAACAGCUUCUACCAAUAUGAAUGCAACCAGUAGUCGAUCACAUAUGGUUAUAACCAUCAAAUUUAAACAGGUAUUUCUGAAUGAGUUUGGAGAGAGUACUACAAAAAGUAGUGAAAUAAGUUUGGUAGAUCUGGCAGGAAGUGAAAGAGCCGACUCUACAGGUGCUACAGGUGAUAGAUUGAAAGAAGGGUCCGCCAUUAAUCAAAGCUUAUCAACGCUAGGAAAUGUCAUUAGUGCUCUAGCAGAUAAAGCUAUGGGAAAGAAAAAAGUGUUAGUUCCUUACAGAGAUUCUGUGCUGACCAAAUUAUUACAAGGAGCAUUGGGUGGUAAUAGUCGAACCAUUAUGAUAGCUGCUUUGAGUCCAGCUGGCAUCAAUUAUGAGGAAACUUUGUCCACUUUACGAUAUGCUGACCGAGCUAAAAAGAUCCAAAACAAAGCUAAAAUUAAUGAGAGUCCAACUGACAGACUCAUCCGAGAACUGAAAGAAGAAAAUGCCAAAUUACAAGCUAUGUUAUCAAAAUCUGGUGGUCUGGGAAGUAGAGAUGGAGCAGAUCUGGAAAUGUUGCUGAAGGAAAAUGAGAGAAAAAUGUCUGAAAUAAAUACAGCUUGGGAACAAAGAUUGGAAGAAGCCAGAAAAGAAUGGGAGAAAAUCCAUCCUGUUUCCGUAUCUGAGAGUGAUAACUUAACUAAGCAGUACCCAUUCUUGCAAAAUGUGAAUGAAGAUCUGCAGUUGUGUGGUGUAAUUAAAUACCCACUACCAGAAGGUCAAACAGUGAUUGGAAGAGCUGGUAACACACCACAAGGAAAUAAAAUACAACUUAAAGGACUUGGAAUUCAAGGAAGCCAUGUACUUGUAUGUAACACUGGAACUAGUGUUACAUUAGAACCAAUAGAUGUUGCUAAGACUAUAGUUAAUGGACUACAUGUUGUACAACAAAUCGAACUCAGACAUCUGGAUCGAAUCAAGCUUGGAUCUAACAGUAUCUUCUUAUAUAUUGGUUUCCCGCAUGAAAGAAAAAACAAGGAUGACAUAAACAAAUACGAUUACGAAUUCUUCCAGUCUGAGUUGGCAGAAGCUGAAGGAUUUGGUAAUGAACAAUUUUUUCAGAAAGAAGACAAAGAUGCAGGACCUGAUCCAGCAGCUUUGCGAAUUUAUGAUGACUUUAUUAAAAUAUUACCAAUGACUGCGGAAGUAAAUGCCAUCAGUGAAGAACUCGGCAAGAAACUAGUGUUUGAACCUUAUAUUAAAAACUUAGCUUCGCAUGAUGCACUUGGGCGUGAUAAAGCCAAAGAAGUAGAAGUAAGAAUUGUGGAUAAGGAAAAUAAUCAUGUGUGGGUCUGGUCUAAACCCAAAUUUAUUAACAGAAAGUUUAUUAUUGAAGAACUUUACCAAAAUUAUGUGGAAAAUGAGAUUGAUAUCUCGGAAAUAGACGAGGAACAUGACCCUUUCUGGGAUCCUUUGGAGCCUGUCUUUCUAGGAAGUGCUCAUAUAUGGUUGCAAAGCUUGGCUUAUCUCAUGGGAGUUGAUGAUCAAAUUGAAAUUCACAACUAUAAAGGAGAAGAAGAAGGAAUUGUACAGUGUAGUCUAAAACCUUGUGAUAAUAAGAAAAAUCUCCUUGGUGACGAUGCCAUGGUACUGGAUCCCACUGAUCUAUUAAAUACAAGACUGGAUUUUAUGAUGUGUUUGUCUCAUUGUCUUGGUGUUAAAUGGGUGAAAAAUGAAAAUACAAGAGGUACAUUUUGCAAGUUUGAAUUUUAUAACUGUGAAGAGGAGUUUGAAACUAAAACAGUGUGGACUACACGCAAUCCUGACUAUGCCUUCAGGAAACAGUUUACUAUCCAGCCAGUAGACAUGGAAUUCUUGACAUAUUUACAAACACAUGCAUUAGUUGUGCAGUUAUGGGGAACACAGGGAGGGACUGUUAGUAAUCGCAAAUUGUCGACAGUAAGUCUUACUGAGAACAUGUUACGUGACAGAUCUGGAUCCUGGAUGGCACAUGAUAACCAGGGAUUAGAAUUACUGCUUAGCAAAGAAAAGGAAAUCUCGGCAUUAAAGAAGAAGCUCAGACAGCAAGAAGAUGACGGACUCAUUUUGAAAGAUGCUUAUGAUUCUGCAAGGAAAGAAGUAUUUUCCUUGAAACAAAAAUUAGAAAUAUUGAGAACUGCUAAGGGAGCCAAAUCAGCUUUGAAGAACAAGUCAUCUGCCGUCAAUGGUUCUAAUGGUCAUGUGACAGUAAAUGUUAUGAAUGGUCAUGUGACACCUACACCUCAGUCAAUUGACCGUCCAGCAUCCGCUGCCUCCAUUGAUGCAGAAAUAGCAAGAGCACUGAAAGUAUUUUUUAAAGAUAUCAAAGGUGUACAGCAAGAGUUAAAAGAACUCCGAACUGACAGUGAAAAGAUAAGCGAUGACCCAGCAGAUAUGCUGAAGAGGUCUUUACUGCAACAACAUCAAACAGUAUGUAACAUAGAAGAUGACUUGUCGGCUUGCGUUUCAUCUUUAAAGACUAACGUCACUACAGCAAUACGCAACAUGAAGAAACAAUCUGCCAUGAUUUAAUAAUUUGUUGUACUUCAUGCGAUCUUGAAAUUAAUUAUUUCAAAAUUUAAAAUAAGAUUAUGACUGUUAGAUUUGGCAGCAAUCAUAUGCCUUUGUAACUAGCAGAGUCAACACAAUGGGAAAUGUACCCGUUACUGAUGAAAAGAACAAGAAAUAAUCAGUCAUAAUUCAGUGAACUCAAAACAACAAACCUAAAUAUACAGGACUUUUAUUAGUUAUUAAAGUGUAACUGAAUUGGACCAAUUGACUUUUUUGUGUGCAAAAUUUAUUUAUAAACAACAUUAUGAAAAAAAAUCAAGUGAAAAGGGUAUAUAAAUUGGGUAAACAGUCAAUGAUAUUCCAAAACCGGACCACGCCCCCUCUCUGAGUUUUUUCGGCAUUACGAGUGUUGCCGAAAUGGUGCCACCAACGGGACCAUAAAGCAGGAGAUUGCUAGCAGACAAGAUUGUUUACCAUUUUCCAUACGCAAGCGUUUAGUAAACCAGCAUACAGUACAGUUCUCGCGAAAGCUUUGGCUUUUGUGGCAUCAUUGUCAUCUACGCACGGCUUCAUUGUCGCUUCAGCAUCGCGUCAUUGAAAAUUGAAGCUGUGUUCGCCUCGCUUAUUUUGUGGCAUCAUCGUGGCCUCAGCUUCGCAGUCUCAUGGCAUCAACUUCAAAGUAUUGUGACAUGAGUAAAAUGACAUUUUACUAAAAAGAUAUCUUGUUGAAUUAUUUUAGUGUUGCGAGUAUUGGGCACCAAAAACUUUGUGAAGUACAUUACAACUGGCAAGGUGACGAGUGUCGUAAUGACUGCAAGGAAAAUUGUGAUAAAUUUAAAUCACACGAUGAAAUCGUCGUUCGGAUACUACAAAAUUUGCUAUAUACGAAAUGAAACUGUUCUUGUUAUAAAAUUACCUUUUUUUUGCUCAUUUUAUUUCCUGGUAAGAGAACCGAUCCCAUGGCCGGACUACUAAUACAUGCACAACACACGUACGCCACCUGGUGCGUCGGCAUUGUCGCCAGUCAUCUUGAUACAAAGUUCCAAAACAAGUGCGUACAUUUCCAACUAUGAUUGGAUGGUUGUGAUGGCGUCGGUCUGGUAAAAUUUGACAUCCAAUUUUCAAAAUUAAGUCACGAUCAGUGA